UUAUUUAUUAUUUUAAUAGCUCUCUCUCUCUCUCUGUGUGAAGACGACGAAAGAAGAAGGAGAAGAAGAUCUAGAUUCGCCGCCGCCUCUCUUAUCAGAGGAGAUCCUUCUUCACUGCGACUGCGUUUGUUAUGGAGAUUGCUUUUUAGGUGACGAUUACACUGCCCAUACAGCCUUAAUUUUUCUGGGUUAAGAAGAAGUGAGGGAAAAGAUUUCUGAAGCUACGUGGAUGGGUAUGACAAUCAUUGGCAGUGUAGAGGUUAAGGCUACCAUUAAUACUGGUUUUCCUUGGAAAGUGGUGCCUAAAGGUAGUAGGAGUUCCACAAGGCGAGCUUCAGCCCCUGAUUCUGAGCCUGAUUUCAAAUUUUCAGCACAAGGAGAUUCGGAAUCGGAAAAGCUUGGCGUUUCUGUUAUAGGCCAGCAUUUCGCAGAUAGAGUAGAGCAUGUUCCAAUUAAGAAACGGAGGUUUAUGGUUCCUCCUCCGUCACUUUUGAAAAAUUCCACCCCCUGUGGUGACCAUCCUGCAGGGAUCAACCAUAUUCUCCCUGUUUCUAGGCUGAAUCCUAAUCUAUUGGGACAAAAAACAGCAGAAAUCCCCGAUGAUAAUCCCGAUUGCAGUAGUCAUGACUUCUCUGCUAUUAAGAUACUUGCAGAAGUUGCUUGCAGUAGUGGUAUGAGUAGUGAUAUUGCAUCCUUAGUAGACGGUCAGCUUGUUGAACCUGUUAAGCAUGAUGAUGAUGCUUUGACUUUAUCUGCUCAUGUGGAAGGUAAUGAUUCAUCAUCUGGCACUGAUGAUGUCUCUGGGAAUGAUACUACGAUUGAAUCCAGUGUCAAGGUUGGGGAAGACAAGACCAAAAUCAUAGUGUCUCAAAAACUACUGAUUGAUACUUUGGGUAAUGCUUCGGCUGCUGAUCAGAGUGAAGAGCGUAUAGUAGCAUCUAGUGGUACCAUAGUGGCUCAGAACAUUAAUGUUUCUAUUUCAAAUGAAUCCUCAACAGAAUUGCCAAAGGAAACUAUGGAAGCAGGAAAUAGUGUAAGUUUAGCACCUCAGAGUGAGUCUGCUACUGUGUCAGAGAUUUUAUCUGAUGAUGAGCGCACUGGGAAGGGUAAGAGCACUGAAUGCCUUACAGAUGAUAGGUUACACUGGGAUUUAAAUCUUCCAACAGAUGCGUGGGAUCAACCUUGUGAUGUAGUAGUUGAUAAAGCAACCCGAAGAUAUUCUGAUGGAGAAGUCACUGUGUCUGUUACAGAGAGUGGACACGUUGAUGGUAGUAAAGACUACGCGGCAGGUCUGAUUGAAUCUGAUGUGCACAUGAAUUCUCCAUCACCGUCUGGGGCUAAGGCUGAAGCCUCUGCUCGAAAUGGGAAAGAAUGCCAAUCUGGUUAUGAUUCCCAGUUUGAGGAUGGAGAGUUGAGGGAACCAUACCCUUGGGAAGAAAAAGAGGGUGAUAGUGGAGAUGUUGAACAAGUGGAUUAUGGCUCUGAGCCUGAGAAUGAACGAGUCUACUCUUUGGCUGAAACUAAUGAGAAUAAGCUAGAGGAUGUUGAGCAGAGAUUCUUGCCAGAGACAAAGUGUGAUUCUGGCAAUGUGCGUGAAGGAAGUAGUGAUGUAGAGAAGCAUGUAGUGGUUUGCAUGAAUGAUUCUCAUUCUAAAGGAUCUUCUCCGUCAAGGAGCUUUGGGUCAAAACCAUACAAAGGGUUACCUUCACAUGAAAGUAUCCCAAGGAGAAGGCCUGAUAGUUAUGAAGAGCCGAGUGAUAGGGACCUUGGUCCCAAUAAAUUUAUUGGAAGAGACAGAUCAGAGAUGCGUAUGCGAAGCAGGAGUCCCGCGAGAAGACCAUUUGGCGGCUGGAAUACCAAGCGUCGCUUUUCCCCACCUAUUUACAGAGGUGGUCCAAAAGGCUUUGGACAUCCGCGUCCUAAAACCGUUGAGGAGGACCGAGGUAUGAUGAAUGGCUUUGAUCAGCCAGGUCCAGGUCCACAUGGCUAUGUACGUAGGCAGUUCUCUAAUGGAGGAUAUCGCGGUCGCUUUAGACGGUUUCCAAAUGGUGGCGGAAAUCGGGAUUUCAGAGGCGUAGAUAGUCCAUUCCCUCCCAGUGAUGGUAAUAACUAUCCAAGUCGCAUGCACAACAACCGAGUGCACAAUAGGAGAGACAGAAGCAACUCCCCUCCUGUCUUCAGGAGAUUGCAUGAUCCCCAAUCACGGUCCAGGUCCAGAAGCCGUUCCCCAUGCUCAUGGAACAGGCGGAACAGAUCUCCUCCUGGAUUCAAGGGGGAUGAAAACAGGAUGGAGAGAGUGAGGUUGCCGUCUCAGAAACGUUUUCCACUGGAUCAAGAGAUGGGAUUCCUGUCGCCGCCAAGAAACCAGCGAAACUCAAGGUUUUUCGAUGGGAGAAAUGAUGAUGGUGGUGGGGAGAAUGAUCACAACAACUUGAGAGGAAGAAAAUCACCGCCAGGAAGAAUUUUUAGACGACAGCAGAGAUUUGACAGUAUGAGAAGGGUGAAUUCGGAAAACAAUCACUUCAGACCAUUCAUGCGCCAUAAUAAUAACAAUAGAAAGUUCGUUGAUGGUGAGGGAAGUCGAGGAGGCGGGUGUAAAUAUGAGGGAGCAGAGGAGGAGAAGAAUGGGAACAUGUAUGAGAUGGUGCACCGGCCUCUUCAUCAUCCUCGGCGUUUGGAGGCAAUGGGAGAAGACAGUGAUAACAUCCGACGGUUCAGAUUAAAUGCAGAACAACAACAACAACACUCUGUUGUUUCCAUAAACAAUGGAGCGUCAUAACAAAUAAGAUGUAACACUUUUGGGUUUUGGUAGAUUCUCUUUUCCAACUGAUCCAGUCAGUGAAGAAAAGCUCUAUUUCGCUUAAGUUCUUCAUUCACAAUAAACGAUAUGACACAUACAUGAUCCAUCUUUUGUGAUGUAAUUGCAAGAACAAGGUAGUCCAAUUUCCUUACUACA